AUGUCGACCAGUUUAGUUCAAUUUUAUGAUCCUAAAAAGAAACGUGUUGUAUUAAUUCCAACACGACUUCUUUCCGAAUUAAAACCAAAAAUUGUUGAAAUAUUUAUUGGAAAAAAUUCUACAAAAGUAAAAAUGGCUCCAAAAUGGUUUAAACAUGAUGAUCAAAAUGAUUCAUUAAAAAAUAUAAUUUAUCCAGAAAAUGUUAGUGAAAAACAACAGUACACAUAUAAUACGGUCGCUCGGUAUCGUGCAGCUGCCAAUAAACCUAAUAAUAAUUUUGCGAAUAAAUCUUUAAAAACUAGUGAAGAUAAUACUGAAACACUUAUAAUUGCUCUUGAUAAUUUUGUACAACAAUUUGGUGGACAAUUAAGUUUUACUAAUGAAAAUGUACCAUUUAAUGAAACAGCUCAUCGUGCAGCUUGUGGUGUUGGUAAUUUAAGUAGUGCUCAUUUAUUAGCUACUGAUUAUAUUCCUACAGCUCAAUUUACUUUUAAAACUGAUCUUGAUUAUCAAACAGAUUUAGCUCGAUCAAGUGAAACUAUGCAAGAUUUUAUCUUAGAUUUUUCCAAAUCUAUUGCCAAUAUAUUAGAUUGUCCAAAUGAUUAUGUACGAGUUAUUUCUGUUGAAAAACCAAGUAAAAUUCGAAGACAAACUAAAAUUAAUUUCGGUAUUAGUACACCAGAUCCAGCUGAAACAGAAAAAUAUGUAGAAGAUCUUAAAAUUCGUGCAAAAAAAGGUUUUUCAAAUCAUCGAAUUCUCAAACAUGUUAAAGCAGAUAACUAUGAUUGUAAAUGGAUACCUUUGAUUAAUUUUUUUCAAUUAAGUCCAUCUGAUUUUGUUCCUGAAUUUAAUGUUGAUUACAGAUCUACUAUGCCAACAGAAGAUAGACGUGGAGAUUUACCAUAUUAUUUACCAAUCGGAUGGUAUCGUCAUGCACUUAAAGUUCUCGAUAAAUAUCCAGAUGAUAAAUUAUGGAUUGGCAGUAAUAAUACUGAUGGAGAAUUUGCUGUUGCUUAUCAUGGUACACAUGCAGGAGCAGUUCAAGGAAUAAAAGAAAAAGGUCUUUUAAUCACUUCGGUAGAUCUAAUGAGAGAUGAAGCUGUUAGACAAAAAGGAGAAGAAUUUGAUAAACCAGGCCUUUAUGUAGCAACUCAUUGUACAGGUGGUUCUCAUCCAACUUAUACACAACCAUUUACAAUUCAAUCAUCACAAAAUAAAAGUGAAACAUUUCGAGUUGUUUUUCAAUGUCGUGUUAAACCUAAUGAAUAUACAGUUCAUACAAGUCCAGUUACAAGAGGACAAGCUUGGCGUUUUGUUGAUCCUAAUGCUAUUCGUCCAUAUGGAAUUUUAGUCAAAAAUGAAGCAGUUCCAGAUGUAGGUUUAGAAGAUGAACAAUGA